AUGCCCGGCAUCGUGACUUCCCCCGAGCUCCCUCGCAAGCGUACAGGCCCCAAAGGGAACAUCAAGGACCGGCAUUUGCCCGCUGGCUCCAAAGAUCCCAACCUUUACACCCCAACCACCCCUCCCCUGCUCAAAUUAGGGAUCUCACCUGAUGAUGUGCUUGAGAAUGUCAAGGACCUCGCAUACUCGGUAUCACGGCGGGUGGAGCAGAAGCACCCAUAUCUGCAAAGACUGUUAACGUUGUCUGAGCUUAACGACAUUACCUUUCAUGGGCAAUCCGAGAGGAUUGACCGCCUCAAGGAAGAGUUCAUCCUCCGACAACGACCGAGGAUCGAUCUUGAGACGUAUAAACACCACCUCCCGGAGCUGCCAGAAGAAGACUCCGCACAGAUCGCGGCUAUGAAGCAGUUUGCUAUGGACAGCGAGACGGGCGAAUGGAUCCUGGAGGUAAUUUGGGACUUGUUCUUCGAACUCGUCCGCGAGAUAGAUGGCGGAUGUUGGGUUCAGGGUGGAACGGCUUGCGACGGGUUUCCGUUCGGAUUACAGGCAAAUACUGUCCUCAGGCACAAGGUUCCGAAGGUUGAGAAAGCGUUAAAGAAAGCCGCCGAUAGGGCAAGAGCAGCGGUAAAAAAGGCGGCCAACGCUAUGAAAGCGCACAAGAGGAAGGCGGACGAGGAACCCGUGGAGCGUAUCCAGAAGAAGGCUAAAGCUGUGACGGAACGUCGGGUGCCACCUCGGAGCAAGGCCGCUAAGGAACCCGCGUCGAAGGCUAAUACAGCCACAACUACGGCGCAACGUCGGGUUUCCAACAAGAAAAGGUAA